AAGUCGAACACCCAGAACGCUGCUUCGAAAGUUCUUACAGAGCAGAGACAACAGCAAGUUGAGGUCCGAACGUCAGAUGGAAAACGUCGCAUUCAGCCAAUUUUCCUAGGAUCCACCGUGGAUGAAGAGCCUACGCCAGCUCCUGCUCCCUCGCAAACUAAAGCGCAGUCACGUCCUGAGACGAGUCAAACGGAUGAACCGAUGACGUCAGAUGCUGAUGAAGGUGGCGGACGGUGA